AUGCAUGCAUGCUAGCUGAUCAGUAUGUGCAGAUCUGCUAUAAGCUUAAGCUCAGCUUAAUUAGCCACGGUACGUAGUUUGUACAGAAAUGGCGGUGAAGAAACACAACGUCGCCAUGCAAUUACAAGUGGUAGUACUGUGGCUUGUAGGAGUAGCAUUAUUUUCUGUGAUGGCGUCGUCCGCUCCGGCGGCCGUAGCGGCAGCACCGCCGCCCGCGGAGUGCCCGAGCAAGUGCGGCGACGUCGACAUCCCCUUCCCCUUCGGCGUCGGCGACGACUGCGCAUGGCCGGGUCCAGAUGACUUCAACGUCACAUGCAACCAUAGCUUCAGCCCACCCAGACCCUACUACGGCAACAUAGAGAUCAGGGACAUCUCGGUGGCGGCGGGGGAGAUGCGUGUGUACACUCCCGUGGUCUACCAGUGCUACAACACAUCCGACCACGUCGACUCUUCAACCAGCUUCCUGCAGCUCAACAUCACCGACUCGCCGUUCCUGGUCGCUCCGGGGAGAAACGAGUUCACGGCCAUCGGCUGCGACACGUUGGCGUGGCUGCAGGGCAGGGAUGACUGGAGCUUCUUGACCGGCUGCAUCACGACGUGCGUGAGCUUAGACGAGGCUGCCCACGACGGCGAGCAGUGCUCCGGGCUGGGUUGCUGCCAGGUGCCUUCCAUUCCGCCCAACCUUGCCCUCGUAGAGCUGAAUUGGGGGAACUUAACAAAAAACUAUGCAUGGAGAUACAGCCCAUGCAGCUACGCCUUCGUGGCUGAGAAAGCAUGGUACAAAUUCAGCCGUGGAGAUUUUAGCCGUGCCGGUAGCAAGAGCUUUAUGAAUCGUGCUGGAGACAGAAGUGUCGUUACAGUGCUUGAUUGGGCUAUCAGGAGCGACGGAUCGUGCUCGUCAACAUCGCGGGUCGCUCCUGCCUGUGUCAGCCCCAACAGCUACUGCGUCAACACCACCAACGGACAGGGAUAUCUUUGCAAGUGCUCCCCGGGAUAUGAUGGCAAUCCCUACGUCACCGGUGACAGUGGGUGUACAAAUAUUAAUGAAUGCAAGCUUAGAAGAGAAGACCCUGCCAAGUACAGUGAACUUUAUCCAUGUUACGGUGGUAGCAAAUGCCAUGACACAGAGGGUGAUUACAGGUGCAAAUGCCGUUUGGGACGUAGAGGGGACGGCAAAAUCGAUAAUGGAUGUCAACCCAUAAUUCCCCCACCUGUAAUUGGGAUUCUUGUGAUAGCCGGUGUUGUGCUAUUUGGUUUGGUCCUUGUGUGCUUACGUAAGAAAUGGAAGCUUAAAGGGUGCUAUGACCGUAAUGGUGGCCAAAUGCUAGAGAAGACGAGCGUUAAAAUCUUUACAAAGCAGGAAUUGGACAAGAUAACUAACAACAAAAGCAACAAGAUAGGGAAAGGCGCCUUCGGUGUGGUCUACAAGGGAACCCACGACGAUCAGCCGGUCGCCGUCAAGUACUCCAUCGAAAAGAGCAUAUCGCGGACUCGUGGCAAGGAUGAGUUCGUGAAGGAAAUCACGGUGCAACUUCAAGUCAGCCACGACAACCUGGUGUGCCUCAUUGGUUGUUGCCUCGAGGUGGAGGUCCCUAUGCUGGUCUUCGAGUUCGUCCCUAAUGGUAGCCUCGAGAGCGUCCUUCAUGGGGCAGAGCGGUGCGCUCUCCCGCUGCUGAAACGGCUGGAUAUUGCCAUUGGCUCUGCGAAAGCUCUUACCUACAUGCACUCGCAUUCCCGCCGCUGCAUUUUUCAUGGUGAUAUCAAACCUGCCAAUAUUCUCCUUGACGACAACCUUAUGCCUAAAGUCUCCGACUUUGGGUCAUCAGAGUCCGUAUUGAAAACCAAGCACCGAAGCGUGUGUGCCGACAUGGGCUACAUAGAUCCUGUGUAUAUGGUAACAGGCAAUUUUAGACUGAAGAGUGAUGUCUACAGUUUCGGUAUCGUGGUCUUAGAGCUCAUCACCCGAAAGAAGGCCGUGUACGAUGGGAAAAGCCUUCCGAUAGAAUUUACCAACUGUUACGAGGAUGAUAAUGCCAGAAGGAAUAUGUACGACCAGGACAUAUUGUCUGCAGAGGCUCUACAACCUCACUGCAUGGAGUGCCUCGACAGAAUGGCCGGCAUUGCUGUCCAGUGCCUUGAAUACAACAUAGACAAGAGGCCGACUAUGGCGGAGGCGCUACAGGAGCUUAUCCAAUUGAGAGCAAAGGUUGCAGGAAAAUGAAUGCAAGGUCCGAUGUUCAGACAACCCGUAUGUUGAUAGUUUCGCUUUGUAUCGUCGUUAAUUUAUUAUCAUAUCCCCCAGCAAAUGUCGACGUUGGUUUGAGUUGACCAACGGGUCAUUUUAAUUUAUCUUUUUGGCGGGGAAGUGUCGUUUUAAUUAGUAUGUGUACCAUUUACCAACAAAGUGGCAAUUAAAAGCAAAAAUAAAUUAAGCAGCAUAGUAAGAAAGUUUUCAUC